AAGGUGAAAAUGGGAUUGGUUAGGCUUGUGUUUAUCUGUUGCUUUGUAUUUGUGUAUGGGGAGAACAAACACGAUGGUAGUAUCAAGCAUGAUGAUCCAAUGUUGAACACUGAGACACCAAACUACAAAGAAUAUUGUGUUAUUGGUGCUGGACCUGGUGGACUUCAAAUCGCUUAUUUCCUUGAGAAUGCUGGGAGAGAUUAUCUUGUAUUCGAAAAAGACCACAUGGCAGGAAGUUUCUUUCAAAAGUACCCAAUCCAUAGAAGGCUUCUCAGCAUUAACAAGAUAUUUACUGGAAAAACUAAUAAAGAAUUCAACAUGAGACAUGACUGGAACUCUCUUAUUAGUAAUGAUGAUUCUCUCAAGUUUGGGAAAUACUCAAAAGAGUUUUAUCCAAAUGCGGAUUCUUUGUUGGAAUACUUGAAUGAUUAUGCCACGAAACUGAACCUGAAAGUUCAAUACAACUCAACCAUGCAUGAUAUCUUGAAACGAAAAGAUGGUUUAUUCCAAAUGUGGGAUCAACAUAACAAUGCGUAUACUUGUAAAUACAUGAUUGUGGCCACUGGUGUUUCCGAACCCAUUGCCCCUAAAUUUGCAGGAGAUCAUUUAAUUGAAGGAUAUGAAAAUCUGUCAACCAAUCUAUCUGACUACAAGGGACAAUCCGUUUUUAUAUUUGGUCGUGGAAAUGCCGCAAACGAUGUGGCAAAUUUUAUUAAUGGUGUUACUGCUGUUGUUCAUAUGUUGGGGAGAUCCCCCACAAGAUUAGCUUGGGCCACUUUAUACCCUGGUGAUACAAGAGCUGUGAACAGUGGGAUUCUGGACACUUAUCAAUUAAAGUCAUUGGAUGGUUUAUAUGAAGGUACACUUGACGAUCAAAGUAUCUUAGUUCGUAGUAAACUUGAUGGGAGAUUGUAUAUGGACAUAUUAGUGGAUGGUCACACUGUACCAGGGGCUAAUGGAACUUCAGAAUAUGAUAAUAUACCAGACAGGGAGGGAUAUGAUCGUUUCAUUCGUUGCAUCGGUUUUACUUUCAAUAACUCCAUUUUCCAUCCCUCUAUGCAACCAAGUAUCUUGGAACAUCUAUGGGAUUUCAAGUUUCCAGGGAUUACAUUUUCCUACCAGGCCAUGAAUUACUCAAAUAUGUAUUUUGCUGGCAGUAGUGCACACAGCUUAGAUUAUCGUAAAUCAGCUGGUGGGUUCAUCCAUGGCUACAGAUACACAGUACGUACUUUACAUCGGAUCAUGGAAUGGAAACACCAUGGGGUUCAAUGGCCGGCUGUCAAAUUCUCAAACCCACUCGAUCUAAUGACUCAUAUGUUGAAGAGAGUUAACGAGGCAGCUGACAUUGCUUCUAUGUUUAAAAGUCUUUGCGACAUUGUUGUUUUUGAUGAACAAGGAAUCUCAUCAUCUUACCUUGAAGCCUUUCCAUGCCUUUUAAUCAGCCGUCUUAGUAAAGGUAGUGGGCACAAUGCAAACGGCCCUGUUAUAGUAAUAUCAAUGCAAACUGGAAACUUCACUGGUGCUGGGGUUGAUCCUUUUCCAGCAGAACGUACCAUCUUUGCAGCAUCAGCCGCGCACAGGUCUAACUCCCUACAUCCUGUGUUCUAUUAUUACAAUCAGCUGAGCACAGACCAGCAGUUUUUAGAUCGUCCAAAAAAAUGGAUUUUACCCAUUCCUGACCGCUUGCUCCACCUCAUGGAAGACUUUCAUUUCCAAUUCGACGCAGAAACCACUCACGCUCUAACUUUACGACGUUUCUUGGAAGACACACUUGGACGGGAUCUUCGAAAUUGGUUUGCUGAUGAUUGUUUAAAGAUGUCUAUGACAGCAUCAUCCUUACCACUUGGUUGCCAUGGAAACAAUCCUUAUGACAUCAUAACCAGAAACAAUGACUUGAUGAUGUCAUCAGUUCAACUGCCGGCAAAAUUUCUCCCUUUUCCAGUUUUGUCUUAUUGAGCGUAUUUAGUAAAAAAUCUUCUGAAAUUUGUUGCAGUUUAAAGAUAUAAUGGAAACAUUAUUAUUUUACUUAUUUAUAAAAAUCUGCGAAAAGUCUUUAAAAUUCCUUUCCUAAUAAUUGGACUUUGACGGCAAAUUUGAGCAUGUUCUAGAGCUGUUGUUUUGUAUUUUUACCCUGUUGUUUUGCAAAGCAAAGUUUAUAAAUAGGAGAUGUACUUUAAUGUAAUAUAGAAAAAGGAGUAGUGGUGGGAAAAAAGUGCUAUAAUUUUAAAGAUUUUGUACAUUUAAAGUUUUUGAAAUGCAGUAUGGUUUUGUAUAUAAGUGAAAGUGAAAAUUGUUUUUGUUAG